AUAGCUUUAAAAGUUAAUUUUUGGUGUUUAUUCUCUUGAACGACUAUCUUUGCCGGGGUUUCUUGGUUUCUGUUCCUAGUAAGCUCGGAGAAGAAUCAUUUUUGAUCCGGAUGUCAUUGAUAGUGUCUGAAGAUUCAUUAAGCUUCUUUAUUGAGACUUCCUGGUCUUUGUUUUCCCGAGCACCGUGUAUGAAGCCCUAGAAGAAUACUGUUCAUUUUGAUGUCAUGUUGGUGUCUGAGAAGAUCCACUUAUUUUGUUUCUUCUCGUUGUGGUAAAAUUCCUGACAGUUGUUGCCUACAAGAAUGAUGCAUCGUAGCAACUGAUUUAGAAGAUCUAGCUUUUACCUGACUUUAUUUAAUUAAAUCCUAAUAUGGGUCAUGUAAACUUGUUGUCCUAGUUCGUUUGUUGCUUGCCUCACUGGUUCACCAUGAGUUGAAUGAUCAUGCAAUCAUGCUACUAAUCGGGGCUUGUUUCUUUCUCCAUGAAGGAGAAGCUCACAAGUUGUCUGACAAACAAAGAAACUUUCAUCUCUGGUUGAACGGAAUACGUGGAUUUGCAGACAAAGUAGGGAGUAGUUAAGCCCAUCUUGGUUAAUUGACAGUAAAAGAAUCGCGACAAAGAUUAAAAAUGCCUCUGCUACAGUGGACCCGAGCAAAGUCAAAUGGAUAAGCAACCCAACUAAAGCUUGUCCUAGAUGCAACCAUGUCAUAGAUAACAGUGAUGUUGUCCAGGAAUGGCCAGGGUUGCCCAAAGGUGUGAAAUUUGAUCCAUCCGACCAAGAGUUGAUAUCACAUUUGAUGGCAAAAGUUGGGACAGGUGAUGCAAAACCACAUCCUUUCAUUAAUGAAUUCAUUCUAACUGUUGAGGAAGAAGAUGGAAUAUGCUACACUCAUCCUAAGAAGCUGCCAGGUGUCAAGCAGGAUGGAAGUGUGUCUCACUUUUUUCAUAGGACUUUCAAGGCAUACAAUAUUGGAACAAGGAAAAGGCGGAAGAUAAACACUGAUGAUCUUGUAGAUGUUCGCUGGCAUAAGACUGGCAAGACAAAACCAGUAAUUGUGGAUGGGAGACACCUUGGAUGCAAGAAGAUAAUGGUUUUGUAUAUGAGCACAACAAAGGGUGAAAAACCUGAGAAAACAAAUUGGGUAAUGCACCAAUACCAUUUGGGCACAGGGGAAGAUGAGAAGGAUGGUGAAUAUGUUGUGUCUAAAAUAUUCUAUCAGCAGCAGUCCAAGCCAGGUGAAAAAAAUGGACAAGAUCUAGGUGAUAAAAAUGGACAAAAUCUCACCAUGGAGAUAGACCACAAUGUUGUUACUGAGCUAGACCCUGCUCCAGGUGCUGUACCAGGUUCUCCUGAACAGAAUUCCGGUGAUAAGCAAGACCAUGUUGAGAGACUUGAAGUGAUAUCUGGUCAGUCAAAUGUUCAUCAUUCUGGAGAUGAAGAGCAUCAUGUGCAUCUUGAGGGUGAUAAGCCUGAUGAUCAAGGUGAGCAUCCAACAGAGGAUACAAAAUGGUGGGAAGGUGAAUCGCAGUACCUGCUGGACUCUCAGCAGCUAGCAGAGGGGAUUGCUAUUUGCGAGGAGUUUCUUCAGAGUCAAUCUUCCUGUGCUGGUGAAGAAGUAAAAAAGAGCAAUCUAUGCUUAUCUGAUUAUGCUGCCAUGGGUGCAGAAGCCUUGAAAAUGGACUUGGAAGAAUGUCAAAAUUUAGACAGCACUGACCAUGCUAACAUUGAACUUGAUACUCCUCCAGAUUUCCGGCUGAGCCAACUUGAAUUUGGAUCGCAAGAUAGCUUUCUAGCAUGGCCUGGUAGUAAACUUGCAGACUGACAGUUGGACUGUCUAUUAUCAUCUUUUUUACAUGGGUGGCCUAGUGCAUCAACAAGCAGCUGCACCUUUUGUGGUAGAAUUAAACAGGCAUUUUCAUCAUCCAACUUUGCUUAUUUUGUUCUCAAUUGAGUAUAAGUUUGUGCCAUCCCCUGAAUUAGCUCACAGUUGAUGAUCACUCUUGUGAAAGAACACUUUGAUAGAAUUCUGGAGAACCUGUAUUUGUAAGUUAAGAGAACCGCCACCACGUAUCAGAAGGUCUUGAUGUAAAUGCCAUUGUCCUCAGAACUUGUAAUCUAUGACAUUUGUGCUAAAAACAACGUCAAUAUCUAAUUUUUGUUUUAUGUGACA